CAAGUCUCUGUCCGCGCGCCAGUCGCCUAACCGUCACGUUGCGCGCCCGGUCGUGGUAAUCGCACGUUAAUGGUCACGAACGUUCCGCUCGUACUCGCUCGCGAUACACGUCGAAACCCAUCGUGCGAUAUUUUAGAUUAUCGUCCGCGUACCGAUUCGUACAUACCGCGGUAACCGCCGAAAUACCGCUUCCGGGAAGUGCGAUCGACGAUCAAAAUCCGUCCCCGAACCGGUCCAAAUCUAUACACCCUCCCGUUGCUGGGUGCCGGCACACCAUGUACGAUGCGGGCUGAGGACGGACCGAGUCGUUCGAGAGAGACAUUUUGGACACGCGAACCCGAGUGUGAUCGCCACCCGAAGAGGAUAAUAAUAAUUAUACAAAAUACUAUAUACAAUUAUUUAUAAAAUUAUAUAAAACGCGUUCGGGGCUGUUUCGCGGGUAAACCCGCCCCUCCCCCCCCUAAUCGCGAAAAAAUCAUCGUCGUCACCGGGCAACUAUGGUCCGUCCAGCGGUCUUGGCUUUGGCGCUGCUGUUCUGGCUGAACGCCCGUCCAGGAGGAGUUUCGGGUCAAGGUGCCGUGAGACAGAUAUUCGCCGUCGUACACGGAACCGCGUCGUUGCCGUGUGACAUUGCGCCACCGAUACCCCACGAUCCCCAGGACACUGUCAUACUGGUGGUUUGGUACAGAAAUGAGAAAACUGCGAUAUACAGCGUGGAUAUUCGAGACAAGUAUACUGAUCCAAACAAGUCACAUUGGAAGGAUGAGUCCUUGGAAGGCAGAUCACACUUCCGUAUGCUAUCCGAACCAGCCAUGUUAACCAUCGAUAACGUAUCGGAAAUGGACGCUGGCAUUUACAGAUGUCGAGUAGACUUUCGGAAAUCACCGACCAGGAAUUCUCGACUGAAUCUAACAGUUAUUGUGCCUCCGCAGAAGCCAGUCAUCCUGAGCGAGUAUAACGAGGAGAUAGAACACACGGGGCCGUUCUACGAGGGCGACCGGGUGAAGUUGACGUGCAUGGUAUCUGGAGGUCGCCCGGAACCGAAAGUCAGGUGGUGGCGAGGAGAAACGUUGAUGGACACAGGAAAUGAAGGGAUUUCCGGAAAAUUCACGGCGUCAUCAGCACCAGUGAAACAAAACGAAAUGACUAUCGAAGCGCUUGGCCGAUACGACCAGGGAGCCGUGUACACUUGUCAAGCUUCCAAUAGCAACUUGUCUGCCCCCGUUAGCGCCAGCGUCACAAUCGAAAUGUACCUCAAACCGUUGGACGUGCAAGUGCUCAGCAGCAGGCAGCCGCUUAGUUCCGGCCGGACGUACGAGGUGCAGUGUCAAGCGGUGGGCUCCAAGCCGCCGGCCAACGUGACGUGGUGGAAGGACAAUGAGAGGUUGACCAACGCUACACAGACCGUAUCACCAGAUGGCAAUGUAACAUCAUCCACUUUAACUUUCCAACCAACAAAAUCAGACAAUGGUAAAUCAUUGAUAUGCCGAGCCGAAAAUCAAAAUGUACAACACUUAGAGCAGAUGGCUGGUAAAGUGGAAGACUCAUGGACGAUUGAUGUACACUACGUACCGAUAUUGAAACUGGCUUUGGGAAUUAAUAUGAAUCCGGCAGACAUUGAAGAGGGAGACGAUGUAUACUUUGAGUGCAAAAUCGAUGCUAAUCCACCUGCGUACAAAGUGAUUUGGAAACAUAACGGUCAAGUGGUCCAGGGAAAUGUGAAAAGCGGCGUGAUUAUGAAUCAAAAGGACCUGGCACUUCAAAACGUCAAGAGACAGCAGGCGGGAAACUAUUCGUGUUUGGCUAGCAACGUGGAGGGAGACGGCGAGAGCAACGUCGUCCGGCUAACAGUCAUGUACAAACCGGUAUGCAGGCACAACCAAAAGCUGACGUAUGGCGUUGCCCGAAACGAGAACACGGAAAUUGUGUGCGAAGUGGACGCAUAUCCGGCGCCGGACAUUUUCAAGUGGACGUUUAAUCGGACGGGUGGCGUGGCGUCCGAAAUGGGCAGCAACGAGGUGAUCCAACACGCCAGGUCGAGUGGCGUCGAAACCGGAAAUGGCAGUGGCGGUUUGUCAUCCGGCAAACGUGGCAGACUAUCAUCGGUGCUCACGUACAGUCCUUCGGUCAUGGGAAUGGGCGGCGGUGGAGGCGGCAACGGAAAUGGAGGCAACGUUGGGGACAACGAUUACGGAACUGUCACUUGCCGCGCUUCGAACACCGCCGGACAGCAAAUAGAGCCUUGCGUUUUCCACGUGAUCGCAGCCGUGAGACCUGACCCGCCAUUCAACUGCACUUCCGGUGACCGGACGCUGUUCUCGGUACACGUGUGGUGCACUCAAGGGUUCGACGGUGGAGUCGCACAGCGCUUCGCCCUGGAGGCGUACGACUCGGCUGGCCACGCCGACGGAGGCCCGUCCGGCCUGGACGACGGGUACGGCGGGCCCGCAGUGGCCGCCGACGGACCGGCGCCACCGAUGUUGGCCAACCUGACGGCCGACCGGCCGGACUUCACGCUCCGACAGCUGUCGCCGUCGGUCGGGCUCCGGUUGGCCGUGUACGCGUACAACUCGCGCGGCACCAGCGACCGCACGUGGCUUACCGCCUACACACUCAACUCGGCCGACAAGCAAACUACUUCCGGUUCGUCUGCGGUGGGAGCCGGUGGCAACGACCAUUUCCGGCUGACGCCAGUAGUCGCCGGCCUUUUGGCCGUCACCAUUGUGUCAGCCGUAGCCGCAGCUGCGGUGAUGUGCGCACUCCGUGUGCGAUCCCGACGGCACCGGAACCAGCGCCGGCAGGACUUAUGCGGGGCCGGAACCGGCAGCAUUAUGGGCGGAGGUGUUGGUGGUGGGGCUGCCGUCAUCGCCGUGUGCAAGCAGAAAGCGGACGACGACGACGACGAGUACGCGGCGGCGGCAUUGGACCCAGACAAAAAUCCAGACCUGAUCCCACCGACGAAAAUCAAAAGCGGAAGCAGAGGAAAUAUCGGAUACCGCGUUGUCCAGCAACAGUCGAUGAUGGGAUUAAAUGACGACGAUGAUGAAAACUUGAAUGCUGCCGAAUCAUCAGACGAUGAACGAUCCGGUUACCCGACACUUCCGGUCGACGGUAUUGGCUCGCGCCCAUCCGCCGGCUCACUGCGACACGCCGCUACAUCAGUUGGCCCAGGUUAUAGCAAUAACGGCUAUAGGCCUGAACAACAUAUGUCGACAACCAUAGCGGUAUCGUCCCGGUUACCACCUUACCAUCAUCGGGAAAUCGUUACAGUCCGAACUCCAUUGAUGUCUAGCCAACAAGAAAGCUGCGUUUAAAUGUAUUAUUAUAAACGUGUAAUUCGUAUUAUAAUUUUAUUUUAUGUAAUGUAUACAUAAAAUACAUAGUCCUAUAGUCCUAAUUAUUAUUACUAUCAUUAUUAUUAUUAUAAAUAUUACCCAAUAUUAUUAUUAUUAAUUGUAUUAUGAAUAUAUUUUGUUAAUAUCUUCCUAAAUGUAUAUUAAACAACAAUUUUUCCUCUGUUAAUUUUCCCCUUGGACGUUUCUAAAAUUUGUACUCAUCUAAGUGUUUGUCUUCAUAAACUCUCCUAGAUAAAUUCUACAUAGUAUAAUAAUUUCAGUCUAUAUGAAUCUCCAUUGGCUUUUGAACUAAGUACUCCAUAACUCAAUUUUUAACUCUUUUUUUACCUGAAUUUAUUAAGAAUGAUUGAAAUUUGGUACAACAUUAAUUAAAUUAUUAUUGUUAUAUGUUUCUUCUUUAAUAUUGUCAUAUAAAAAACUAAAUAAUAGUAAUAUUUCUGACAUUCAAUUAUAUUAAUGAUAUGUGAAUUAUGUCAAAUCUCGUACAGAAAUCGUACCACAUAAAUAUAAUAAUAUAUGUGGGAUGUUUUAAGAAUACAAAAUUGUUGCGCUUAGCAUUACGCACCAGCUAGGACAUAGAGUAAUAGUUCCUUUAAAUUCAUGCUGAUUUAAUUGCGUUAUAAUUAUUAUCAAAAUCGUGUGUAAUUCAACAAUUAUUAUUUCUACAAGUAUCUGUUAUAAACGAGAAACCAAUCUUGGAAACGUCCUUUAUAAUACUAUUUUAUGUGUUGAGCGUGAGGUGACUAGACGAAUUCCUUACGUCUUCACUUUAAUAUUUAAUUAAAUCAAAUUUAAUCUAACCCUAAAAAACUGUAUGAUAAUAAUAUCGAUAUUAUAACAUCCAUAGUGAGUAAUCUAUCAAAUUACCAACACUGCUGGUUUUUGCUGGAUGACAGUUGUUAAGUGUUAUAAUUUUUGUAAAAAAAUGAGUUUUAAAUUAUAUGUGUUUAAAUUUAUUAUAUUAAUGGCUAAGUAAUAAUAUUGUUGUUGUUUGUAUUUAUUAAGUUGGAAACAAUUAUUGAAGUAAAGUUAUCAUUGAUUCGCACACCAGCGACAUCGUUAGUCUACUGAGAGAUAAGGUAUGACGUUUUAAAAAAAAUGUGAAUAAACUUUUUAUUAUUAUUAAUAUAAAUAAAAUUCUAUUUAAUGUAAAUAUUUAAUAAUUAAUAAUUAAUAUCGGUAUCAAUAAUAAUAACGAGUUACCCGUAGUAAUUAUUGAUUUAUAAAAUAGUUUAAUUAUAUACCUAAACAAAAUAUUAAUGAAGAUACUGAUAUAUUAUAAUACAUUUUUACAUUAAAAACACACACGACAUUUUUCAAUUUUUAUUUUAUCAAUUUAUUAUUAAUAUUAUUAUUAUCAUUUAUUAGUUAUCUAAGAAUUUUUUAUUUAAUAUAUAUAUAAAACAUAAGAAAUUACUACUAUUCUUUUAUAUUAUAAACAUUUUUUUUUUCGUACAUUUUAUUAAGUAAAUUAAAAUUCGUAUAUUAUAUAAUGUUUGAUAAAAACAAUUUUGUUCAACUACUAAUAAAUUAUUUAGUAACACUGUUUUAUCUUAGAAUUUAGUUUUUCAACUGAGUUUAUAAUUACUACUACAGUUUUGUUUUUGUUUUUUCAAUUUCGUAUCAAAACUUUAUUAUUAUAUAUUAUUUAUUAGUUUAUUCUUUUCCGACUUUCGGUUUAUUUGUACUAUAACGUACUACAUUAUUAUAAUAUGUUUAUAUAUAGUUAAAAUAAUCUUUUUACUAUCAUGUAUCAACGCAUAAAUAAAAUAAUUAACAUUUAAAUUAUAAUAUGUAGUAAUAUUUUUAAGUUUUUAAUAGUUCUAUGUUCAUUAUUUAAAAAAAAUAUUAACAUAGGUAAUUAGAAAAAUUUGUUUUAUUCACGUUGUCGCUACUUAUAUAAUAUAAUUAAAUAUAAGUCAAUAAAUGUAAUCGUAUUCGCACACACAAGAUGCCAACUCUGUUUAGAAGUUAAUGCUAUUUUUCUUUCGAUUAUAAUUAAUGUGUAUUCGAUCGAAGUUUAAUUUACAAUUACCUACUAUCCGUGUGUGUUUAUAUACAAUAUAAUGUGUAAUAUACAUUUAAUAAUAAUAUAUACUUCUAUCAUAUCUAUUUAGAAUUAUGCAUAAUAUAAUAAAUACAUAAAUAUAUCGAUCAAAAUUUGUUCGUUUUGUCCUAAGGACGGUUAUUAAUAUUAUUAAAACUAUUAUUAUUACUAUAAUUAAUUAAUUAUUAUUACUGAGUAAGUGUGUAAAUUGUGUUUGAUUAUUAUUCAUUCGUUACAAAAUUGUUUUACAAAAAUAUACAUGUGACGAUUUUUUCUUCAUA